CGCACUUCCCGGAAGCGGCUUCAUGGCGCAGUGAAGAUGGCGACGCUGUCCGUGUGCCAGGCUCCGUGCGGUGGUUUCAGUUUCGACUACUGUAGAAGGAAUGUUCUGCUGGAAGCGGAACUCGCCAAACUAGAGCGCAGUGUUCCUGCGGCCAGGAAAACGGGCACUACAAUCUGUGGGGUGGUUUACAAGGAUGGGGUUGUUCUUGGUGCUGACACCCGGGCCACAGAAGGAAUGGUGGUGGCCGACAAGAACUGCUCCAAGAUACAUUACAUUUCUCCCAACAUCUAUUGCUGUGGUGCCGGGACAGCUGCAGACACAGAGAUGACAACUCAGAUCAUAUCAUCAAAUUUGGAGCUGCACUCUCUGUCCACUGGACGCCUGCCGCGCGUAGCCACAGCCAACCGCAUGCUUAAACAGAUGCUUUUCAGGUACCAGGGGUACAUCGGUGCUGCCCUGGUGCUGGGGGGUGUGGACUGCCUGGGACCCCAUCUGUACAGCAUUUAUCCCCAUGGCUCCACCGACAAGCUUCCCUAUGUGACCAUGGGGUCUGGGUCUCUAGCAGCUAUGGCAGUAUUUGAAGACCGUUACAAACCAGACAUGGAGGAGGAAGAAGCGAAGCAGCUGGUGCGUGACGCCAUUGCAGCCGGAAUCUUUAACGACCUGGGUUCCGGGAGCAACAUUGACGUGUGCGUCAUCACCAAGGGCAAGGUGGACUACCUGCGGCCCCACGACGAGCCCAACAAGAAGGGCACAAGACCCACUGAGCUCGAAGCACGACCCGAGGCCGGAAGUUACCGCUACAAGCAGGGGACGACCGGCAUCCUGACAAAAGCCGUAACCCCGCUAGACCUGGAGGUGGUUGAGGAGACGGUACAGACCAUGGACACCUCCUGAGUGGACCCAGCAGCCCCCCAUGUUCUGUUCCAUUUGUAAUUGUACCCUGCCCCCCCACCCUGAUGUGGAAGUGGUUUGUUUGCUCCUUGGU